CGCCGCCAUUUUAAAUCCAGCUCCAUACAACGUUCUGUCGCCGCUACUGCCGCGACACGGAUUGCACGCCAGCGCCUCCCAGCCGAUAACUCAGCCGCUAUGGAAGACAUGAACGAGUACAGCAACAUAGAGGAAUUUGCAGAGGGAUCUAAGAUCAACGCGAGCAAGAAUCAGCAGGAUGAUGGUAAAAUGUUUAUUGGAGGCUUGAGCUGGAAUACAAGCAAGAAAGAUCUGACUGAAUAUUUGUCUCGAUUUGGGGAAGUUGUAGACUGCACAAUUAAAACAGAUCCAGUCACUGGAAGAUCAAGAGGAUUUGGAUUUGUGCUUUUCAAAGAUGCUGCUAGUGUUGAUAAGGUUUUGGAAAUGAAAGAACACAAGCUGGAUGGCAAAUUGAUAGACCCUAAAAGAGCCAAAGCUUUAAAAGGGAAGGAACCCCCUAAAAAGGUUUUUGUGGGUGGAUUGAGCCCAGAUACUUCAGAAGAACAAAUUAAAGAAUAUUUUGGAGCCUUUGGAGAGAUUGAAAAUAUUGAACUUCCCAUGGAUACAAAAACAAAUGAAAGAAGAGGAUUUUGUUUUAUUACAUAUACAGACGAAGAGCCAGUAAAGAAAUUGUUAGAAAGCAGAUACCAUCAAAUUGGUUCUGGGAAGUGUGAAAUCAAAGUUGCACAACCCAAAGAGGUAUAUAGGCAGCAACAGCAACAACAAAAAGGAGGAAGAGGUGCUGCAGCUGGUGGACGAGGUGGUACUAGGGGUCGUGGCCGAGGCCAACAGAGCACUUAUGGCAAGGCAUCUCGAGGGGGUGGCAAUCACCAAAAUAAUUACCAGCCAUACUAAAAGGGGACGUUGGAGAAAACAGGAAGAGAUUGCUAAAGUAACCCAUCUUGCAGGACGACAUUGAAGAUUGGUCUUCUGUUGAUCUAAGAUGAUUAUUUUGUAAAAGACUUUCUAGUGUACAAGACACAACUGUGUCCAACUGUAUAUAGCCGCCAAUUAGUUUUUGUUUUUACUUUGUCUUUUGCUAUCUGUGUUAUGACUCGACGUGGAUUUGUGUUUAUACAAAUUUUAUUUGUAUGAUUUCAUGUUAAACCUCAAAUAAAUGCUUCCUUAUGUGAUUGUU